AUUUCUCGGGCAAUCGAGUCACUACGCCAGCUCGAGGACGAACUCAGGUCCCGUCCGCUUGGGUUCUGGUUGUUGAUGGCGUCUAGGGUUUUGUCAGGGUUUGCUCGACGCACCGCCGCGCGCCGGCUGAUUCCGCCCUCCUCCCGGCCAGAGGCGAUCGGAAACCGCUCCGUUGGCUUGCCUUCUGCAAAGGAAUCGGCUCUGGGAUCAUUGGCGAAUUCAUCGUUCAAGGAUAUCCUAAAUGCUGAAGAAAAAAUUGCCAAAUUCUCCAGAUGGCAAUUGGUCAACAGAAACCCUGCAGGUCAACCUAAUAUUUACAAAAGAAACCCUGGCAUAUUUCCAUGUUUAGCGAGAACUUGUGCAUCAAAUUAUUCUACAUCGGAACAAAAGAGAAGUGAGGAGAGCAGAAAAGAUAUAUCAACAAUUGAAGAUCCCUUUGAUGCACCUACAUACAACAUUCCAGAAAAGCCAGUGACAUUUACUGAGGGUGCCUCGUAUAGUCUUGUAAUACUUGCAGGAUUGGGUGUUGCAGGCGUGGCUGCUUAUGCUGUUUUUAAAGAGUUAAUUUUUGAGCCUAAAGAGUAAGAUUUACAUAAUUUUUUAUACUUUGAUAAUAGUUUUCAGCUAUAUUAUAUGUUUUGACUCAACUAAUCUUGCAUGAAGAAUGAAGUAAAAAGUAUUCAA